AUGAAAGAUAUUCGCAGUGGUAAUUCGAAGUGGCCAUCAGACACAGAUGACAACACGGGUGAGUGUGAUGGUGCUACUAGUACAUCAUUCAGUUUAGAGGAAUGUAUGAAUGAAUUCCGAGCUAGAAGAAUUCGCCGAAUAUCUUCUCACAGUCGCCCAGAAGGGGAAAAUCGAAGCAACGGCCAGAAAGGACACAAUACAACAGAUAAGGAUUUGAUAAAUCAAAAUUUAUCGAAUAAACAACAAGAGCGCAAAUGUAAGCCUUGUAAAGAUGGAUUCUGUUACUGUUUUACCAGUGACAGUGGGGAUGGAAGUGUUGGAGAAACGAUGUACCGUAAAUAUGCACAAGGUUCAGCAAAAUGUGCUCAAAUUAAUGCGAAAUUUGAUAUGCCUGCCAAUGCUAAAACGAAUAAGAGAAAUAAAAUUCAUUUAGACACAAAAUUGGACAAUACUCAGGAACAAAAUGAACUUCGGGUGUCAAAUUGCCCACAAAUUUCAGCAGUUAGCCGCCUAGAAACUACAGGGAAAGACGCCCCCCUUAUACAUAUAAUACAAGAACUUCGCGAUAAUUGUGUUAUUUCUGAGGUACGGAUCAAUAAGAAAAAACUGAAUUCUAGUUAUCGAAGUUAUAAACCAAACUGCGAAAGCUUCAAAAAAGGAAAUCAGGAAAUGCACAUAAAACAAAAUACUGUUUCGUCACCUAUACUCUUGGAAUCGCACCAACCAAGUGCACCACCACUAUAUAGCAUAUCAAGAGAUGAUUCAUACAAUAAAGAGAAACACAAUAUGGAAAAACGAAAUAAGGCAGGUGGUCGGCUAUUACAGAAGCGAUUAUCCAAUUCAAACGCCAAGUAUAAACGGCGCGAAAACAAUGAUCCGCCACCAAAGCCUCCAAGAUGUUCACUUAGCGCAGAAGAAAAGUCGUCGAAGUCAAUUUGUUCAUCAUCAUCAUCAGUACGAGAAGCCGAGCGUAUUUUGGAUGAUUUUUUAGUAAGAAGGGGAUACAAUAGACAAAUAUUAGAUAAUACAUCUAAAAAUGUCAAAGUUGAUCAACCACUUUCAAAGCAGAAUGCCAAUGAACAGGAGAAGGAAAAGCACAAGUCGCAUCCGUUAGGUACGGAAGACCAGCUGUGUCAUGCUAAUCAGGUAUUAGCUACAUACCCUUCGUUAAUUGAUUUGGAAGACACUAUUCACUCCAAACAUUUUUCUAAUAACGAAAAAAAUAUUAGGAAAGUAGAAGACAACAAUAUAAAGUCACAACGAAUCGGAUGGAAUGAUUCAAGAAUUCGUGAAAUGUUAAGUUAUGAAUUGAACACAAAUGACAAAAUGUUCCGCAGCACAUCCACACAGGCUGAGCCACAAAAAACUGUUUAUAGUGUAGGCUGGCAUGCACCCCCGAAACUUGAAAUAGAUACUGUAGAUGGAAUUGCACGUAACAAUAUGGCUUCAAAUAUAGAAAUCAAAAAUACUCCAGUUAAAUGUGAAAUGGCUCAAGGAAGUAACGUAAAGCCAAAACGAGUGUGGUCUGGACAUUUACGACAUUUUUCGCCUUGGUCUAAGAAGAAAAAUAUAUCUCACAGCGGCAAUGCAGGUUUUAAUUCCAAAAAAAUUUUGAAAUCUUCGACAAGAAAAAUAUUACGAUUAGUGUCGCCGAAAAAAGACAAUAAGGAGCGUGUUAAUAUUGAAAUACGCAAAACGCCCUUCCGCACUGUUGCUGUACAAACUACAGAGGACGAUUUUAGUCGGUUGUCGCCACCAGGAAGCUAUCAUUCACCCAUUCAGUCAUCUUUGCCACAGUCUUUGUCGUGUAGUGAAUCGCAAAACAUUACGACAAAUGAAAAUGAAUCUGGAAAUAUAAAUUUUGAUUUUUCGCGCCAUAUUAAUUCCCCUCCAAAAAAACCCAUACGAUCCAGCCAACGCAAACUUAAUUUUCCUUUAAAUGGUUCCAACUCAUGUAUACAAGAUGUUAUUGAUAAUAAGGAAAAGAAAACGUACAAAUCUUAUAACGAGGAAUUGGACCACGACGUGUCACUCUCCAAAAUGGGUUACAUCCUCAGUAAUAUUCGUGCCAAAUUGGAAGCAAGCGAUGACCAAGCCAUUCGAAUAUUCCGGGAGAUUGAUCGCGCGCAACAAGUCAACGCCCCAACCGUUGAAAUACAAACGCAUAUUCCGCAUGUUAAGUAUGACAAAGAACCAAUAUAUUCCGAAAUAGAUGAUGAUAGCAUUCACGUUUCGGAAAGCCCAAAUGUUGAGAAUCACACUGGUAUACAACACUUUAAUGUCAAUGACAACCCAAAUGUAUUGUAUGCUUUAGUCGACAAGUCCAAUAAGAACUUAAAAUCGCAUACUACUCAACAACAACAUGUAGCUUCAUUGGGGAAAAUCCUGCAUGAUUCACUUAAGUCUAAACGAAACGCACAGCAAAAGCCAACGUUAUCACCUUUACCCGAACCAUCUGGAGGGGAGUUGACAUCGUAUUCUUCGCCCUCGCUUGAACGACAGAUAAUACACUACCAGUCGCUUAACAAUGUUCGUGUAAUGGAACACAACUCUCCUCCUAAAAGGCAAAGAAAUCUUAGCAAAUCCGAUUUGUCUUUGCAUCGCAGUGAAAUUUUUCUUGAGAAUUUGUGCAGAAGUCAGGUCUUUGUUGAAAAGCAGAACGAUUGCGUGGAUGGAAAAAAUUUGCAGAAGGUGGAAAAUAAGAGUCCUGAACCGUCAAAUGUAUAUUGUGGACAAUCAUCAUCCCAAGAUUUAGAUCUUGAAAGUGACGCUUACACAAAUAACCAUGAUGCAGUGUCGUAUGAAGUCCCAGUUGACGAACAAUGCGCUGUAAAUUCUUCUGAUAGUGAGGAUUCUUCAAACGGGUUUAAUACAUUAUCUCCACCAUCUUCAGAAAAUCAGAGUACACCAAAGAAACCUACAUUUACUACAAAGGAAGAAAAUUGUGCUGAAAUGCAUCAGGAAUUGGAGUUUGAUGAUCACCAUAGUACCAGCUAUACAAAUACUCCAAUGUUAAUGCACCAAAUUAAGACGCCAAAAAAUUCUAGAGCUUACAGUUUAAAUGUAAUUUCAGAUAUAAAGUUCAACUCAAUAAGUCUGGGAUCUUCUAAACUGCUGCCCAAUUUGAGGAGUGCUCUAAACAAGUCAUUUCGAAAAAGCAAGAAUUUCGUAAAAAGAGAUACAAAAAAGUUUCCUAAUUCCUUAACUUUUAAAAGAUCUAAGUCGGAUGAGUUGCGUCCAAAUAUUUUUAAAAAUGCCUCAGAUUGUCGAGACUCGACCGUAGGGUCUGAUAUUGAUUUGGAUUCUUUAAUAUCAGCUAGUCAAGACGCCUCCAUUAACGACCAAUUAUUGCAUGUAGUGAACAUUUGUCGAAAUAUGCCAGAAUCUGAAAUUGCAUCUGAGAUGGUUGAAGCCGAAAGAUUAUUAUUAUUUUCUGCAUUGCGCCUCGAAAGUCGAGGAAAAUAUUUGAACUUUCACUUUGACAGAACAAUGGAUCCUCCUACAAUUGCAUGUGUAUUUAUAGACGAUAUGUACUUGCCUAUUCGAGAAGAUCCCACACGUGAUAUAUAUUUUAAUUAUUUCUACAUCGUGACGUUUGAAUGUGGUGGCAUAAUCCGCUCGACCCAAUCUGCAGAAUGUCAAAAUGGUGUGGCAAUAUUUCGUGAUUGCGGCAUGGAAUUUAUGUUACAUACAGAUCGAUGUGGAGAUAUUGGACGAGAAAAAAUUCAUUGUAAUAUAUUUAUGUUGCGGCUUCGAAAAGUAUCUUGUCUCACAAGCGAAUUUAAUAAAAAGAAACUCAAGGAAAUUAAAGAAUCAGCCUCCUGCACUUCAUCGUCAUCAUCACUGGAUAUUGUGUCAAGGUUUCGUUUACAAGCUUCUUUUAAUUUGGAUUGCAAUCAUUUCAUUCCUUUCGAUAUUGUAUCGCACAAAUCACUAAAGUCAGAUCGAAUUUAUCUACGAUCCAGUCAAUCGUGCAAUGUUGUUCUAAGAUCUAUAUCUUCAUCAUCUAAUUUAUUGGAAGAUAUACAAGUAAAAGGUCGUGCCGAAUUACGUAUACCAAAAAUAAUACAUGCGGGCUAUUUAAAUUUCAAUGAUCCUAAUGCUCAACAUAGCUGGAAUCGACGAUGGUGUAUAUUGGACGGCAUUGUUUUGCAGGUGUGGCGAGAUGAGAAUGUAUUGAAUGAGUCGCCAAUACUAUGUCUGUAUUUGCAACAUUCAAAGAACGAAUUAUUGCCGGCACCUAGGGAAUUGUGCGCACGUCCACGUUCAUUCUGCGUAAACUGCACAAUACCCGGGCUGACUAGAGACAAAACCACCAAACGUAUAUUUUUUGCAGCUGAUACACAAGAAGACUUAAGGGAGUGGCUUUGUAAUUUAAACCGAACUAUAUCAUUAGUUAAUUAUUGGUUGAACUAA